GCUUACUGCUCUGCUCUUUUGCCUGAAUUUCUCCACCAAUUCAUACUGUUAUCUCUUUCUCUGCCCGCAUUUCUAGUCCUUUAUUGUACAAUUCAGCUACAUUUAGACCACCACCGGCUUUUUUCUGCACAUGCAAGCGUAUUCUCCGGGUAUUGUAGGAGCCUCUGUUGCGCAUGGGUUUCAAGAAGUGCUCAGUGCGCUGAAGCCUCGAGGCACAUCCCCCAUAGCGGCUACCAUUGGCCAUGGGCACUCUGCUGCGCCGGGUGCGAUUGAAGCAGUAGCUUCACAAUCCACGCCAACGGCAGCGGUUAAGUCAGAGCUGCUUGAGGCAAGCGGCGCACCGGCAACAGAACCGUUGCAGACAGCGCAGCCGAAGCCAACUGUUCCAGGACAUAACCACUCUACAGCUGUGCCCUCGCAGCAGCUGUCGGCGCUUGACGCGAAACGCUCCCGACUGGCUGCACUGGUCGGGCGGAACAUAUGGCUCAAAGCGUCCAGCCCGCAGUACAGGCCAGGCAUGUGGACGAGAGGGUUCUCGACGCAGAGCCGCAUUGGCGGGUGGGGGUCAUAUUCGGGAUCGUUCUCGCGGACAUCGGGGUCCGGGCAGCGGAGCGCAGCAUCCGGCAGCAACUCGGCUUACGACUACCUGGCGCAGCGGCGACAGGCAGCAUUGAAAGAGGCAGCGGACGCACAGCCGCAGGAUGCGGAAGCGCAAAACAGCUACUACCGCGAGCUGCUCAAGGCAAACAUGUCGGGAACCAAGGCGCCGCUGGUCAUCACGCGAGUCGAACAAGGCACCCAUGCUGCAGAUCUGGCGACUCUGCAGCUGUACCUUUCGGCGUUGAUGCAGGCGCAGACGUCCCCGGAGCGCGCGGCCCUGCGGCUGAUCGAGAUGCUCAAGAACCAGCCUCAGCUGGUCAUGCAGCUGGUGGGCACAGGCGGCGUGGCUGGGCAUGAGAAGGUACUGCAGAUGCUGGCCAAUUCGGGUGGAUUUGCUGGUAUGGCUGGCAAUGGCUACGCAGGUAGCACUGCGGCUGGCAAUGCAGGCGAGUCGAGUUACCCCGGCGAGCGGCAGGCGUCCAAGGGCAAUAACAACGACGUGUUCUUUGACGAGGACCCCGAGGAGGUAGCCAAGAAUAGCCGAAGCAGAUUCAGCGGCUCGGCCGACCAGCCGGUGCAUGUUAUCGUGCAGGACAAGGGCGGAUCGGUGGUGUGGGGCGGCGUCAAGUGGAUAGUCAGCACGCUGCUAUACGCGUUCUGCAUCCUAACGCUGGUCAACCUGACGCUGGAAAGCUCGGGGAUGAUGAAGGCAACAAACACGCCCGGCGAGUUCACGCCGGAGCCCAUGACCACUCCCGUGCGGUUCAAUGAUGUGCAAGGCUGCGAGGAAGCCAAGGGCGAGCUGCAGGAGCUGGUGCAGUUCCUGAAGGACCCCAAGGAGUUCACCGACAUCGGCGGCCGCCUGCCCAAGGGCGUCUUGCUCACAGGCCCGCCAGGCACCGGCAAGACGCUGCUGGCCCGCGCAGUGGCUGGUGAGGCAGGCGUCCCGUUCUUCUUUAUGAGCGGCAGCGAGUUCGAUGAAAUCUACGUCGGCGUCGGCGCCUCAGUCACCGGUGACACGCAAGUACUAGUUAAGGACCAGCAGGGGACGCGGCUCAUGCCCAUCGGCGACUACAUCGACCAGUAUUAUGAGGGCGAUAGCGAAGGGUUCGUCAUUCCUGUCGACGGUGUGCAGACGCUUGGCUUUGACGGCCAGUCGCGGCUGGACGGGUGCGCGUGGAAGAAGGUGCGCCAGGUGUAUCGCCACAGGGUGGACGAGAUCUACGAGAUUGAAUAUCUGGGGGACACGGUGCGGACCACCGGCGACCACAGCGUGUUUGUGCGCUCCAGCGACGGCGGAAUCAAGGCCCUGCAGGUCCGCCAACUGUGCGUCGGUGAUAGCCUGGUUGAUCUGCCGUACAGGGCUACCAAGCUGCCAUCGCACAAUGCGUCGGGCCUGGCUGCCAAUGGCCAGAUGCCGUCUCCUCUGGCCUUGUGGGGAGCUGACGACUCGGCUACUGAACGCCAGCAGGUCCGCAGUGCAUGCUGCGACGAGAACCUCGCCGAUGAAGUCCCCGUGACGCCUGCCCUGAUGCGUCUGCUGGGCAUGUACACGGCAUGUGGACAUACGGAUGAUGCUGGUCGUUUGGUUGCCGGCUUUGGUGCUGGCGACGAGGACCUGAGGCGCAACUUUACCGCUGAUAUGCAGCUCGUAUUCGGCAGCCAACAGGCAGAGUCAAGCACUGAUAGCGCAUGCGUCUAUUCUGCGCUUAUUGGGAGGUUCUUUGCGCGCCACUGCAAUUCGCAGUGUUCUGGCGCGAACCAUCUUCCCGAGUUCCUGUGGGAUGCCCCGGCCGAGCUCUUUGAAGCGUAUCUGGAAGGCUACGCCCGUGCCAGCGGAGCCAAGGACAUAUCGCUGCACAGAUCGGUGUUUGAGAUCACAUCAUCAGACCACGCGCUGCUGCGUGAGAUCGCUUGGCUGGCCUCUAUCCACGGCAUCUGCGCCCUGCUGCACGACCCUUCCACAGACAAGCACCGGUCGGUAUGGACUCUGCAGGUGGGAUCGACUGCGGCCUCUUCUGGCGGCCAGAUGCAGCACAAAAAGGCUGUGAUCGAGCGCAUCGAGCGCCAGGCUUUCUCUGGAUACGUCUAUGACUUUUGCGGGUGCGACAACGAGGCGUUCUUUGGCGGCAACAACCCUGUGCUGCUGCACAACAGCAAGGUGCGGUCGCUGUUUUCUGCUGCCCGCAAGCAGUCACCCAGCAUCGUGUUUAUCGAUGAGAUCGAUGCGAUCGGGUCGAAGCGCAACCCGCGCGAUCAGACGUACAUGAAGCAGACCCUGAACCAGCUGCUGGUGGAUCUGGACGGCUUCGCGCAGACCGAGGGCGUGAUUUUCAUGGCUGCCACCAACUUCCCUGAGGUGCUGGAUCCGGCACUGACGCGCCCGGGGCGGUUCGACCGGAUCGUACAGGUGCCGCUGCCAGACGUGCGCGGCCGCGCGGCAAUUCUGAAGAUCCACGCAAAGAAGAUCCAGCUGGCCGACGACGUCAACCUCAGCGUGGUGGCCCGCGGCACCCCUGGGUUUUCGGGCGCCGAACUGCAGAACCUGCUGAACAUCGCCGCCAUCGAGGCCACCAAGCAGCGCUGCAAGGUUAACAAGCUGGCCACCGCCUACCAUGAGGGCGGCCACACCUUGGCCGCCAUGUAUACGCCCGGCGCCAUGCCUCUGCACAAGGUCACUGUGAUGCCGCGCGGCCACGCGCUCGGCGUCACCGUGCAGCUGCCCGAGUCUGACCGCGAGUCCGUCAACAAGUCCGAGUACCUGGCUGAGAUCGACGUCUGCAUGGGCGGCCGCGCCGCUGAGGAGCUCAUUUACGGGUCCGAGAAGGUCACGUCGGGAUGCUCCAGCGACCUGCAGCGUGCCACCCGCGUCGCCACCGCCAUGGUCACCCAGUUCGGCAUGAGCGACAAGGUCGGCCUGGUCGCCUACUCCGACGAGGAGCGCGCCAAGCUCUCCGUCGAGGGCAAGAGCACCAUUGAGGCCGAGGUCAGGGCCCUGAACGAGCAGUCCAAUGCCCGCGUCAUGAAGCUCCUCAUCGACCAUCGCGACGAGCUCGAUCGCCUGGCCAAGGCCUUGGUCGAAUACGAGACCCUGGACCGCAAAGACAUCGAUCGCGCCAUCAAGGGCCUGCCCAUCGAGCGCGACGACGACCCGCUCAAGCAGAACUAA